GUUCUUAACAACAGAGACCAUAAAAUUCAACAUGGCUUCCAAGGCUGCUCUUCUUGCCCUCCUCCCCUUCGCUUUCGCGAACCUUGACAAGCCCGUCAUUCAGCCAAACUUCCCCGGAAAUGGCCUCGCUUCUCUAGGCCAAGGUCUCAUGGACCACCUGGCUCCUACACACUCGACUUGGGACGAUUGGGGCGCCGGAUGGAUCCCCCAGGACUGCAAGUCCAUGGCUCAGGGAGCCGGCUUUUCCGCCAACGACAUCAUCCCCUUCAACAUUCACUACGACGAUUGUGCCCAAUCCUGGACCUUUUGCCGACACAAGAACUCUCCUUUGAGCGAGCUCCAGAUUCUCGACAUCUUUGGCCGCUUGCCUGUUCGCAUGCGAUCUUUUGUCCGCCACCUGGUCUUUGUCCCCGGCAACAAGUCCGCGGGCUCCAACGGCGACAACGUCCUGAUGGUUGGCGCUGUCGACGUCACCGUCUUUGCCCACGAGAUUGGCCACAGCCUGGACUCCCACGCCUUUGACCCAUCAUACGGCGUGCCCUUUUCCACCGGCAGCGUCUGGACCUCCAACUACAACCUCGACUCGGCUGUGCCCGACCCCUAUGCGCAGACCAGCCAACAGGAGAACUUUGCCCAGGAGACUGUCGUCUCUCUGUACGACAAGGUUGUCCCCGGUGGCAUUGGCACCAUUCAGCCUAACUGGAAGGCCAUCUUCCACCAGUAUGCCACCCUCCAGGGAUACAUUGGCAAUGUCAUCAUUCCUGGCGGCACUUGCACCCACCGUCUUACGGACAGUCCCCCCGUGACAAUGUCCUCUGCCAAGCUCCGCCGUGGCUUGGGACCUAAGCCCAAUGUUUCCCUGAGCCCCAAGGUCAAGGAGAUUGAGUCCAUUCCUAUGGAGAGCUCUAUUACCAUGACCUCUUUUGAUGAGCAUGGCAAGCCUAACGGCACUUAUGUUGUCCAUCUUAAAUAGAAUAGAUAUCUAUCAACGUACAUAGUUUAAUUUAGGAUAUAACGAAGAAUAUAAUUCAGAAUUUUUUUGGUUAU